UCUAAUGACGUUUGCAGAUGGGAUCAUUCAGAAAAUUUGUAUGUAAUGCGAGGUUGUCAAAAAAAAAUAAUUGACAAAAAGGAAAUAGUUGUUAGUAUUAAUACAUCUAAUGAAGAAGUUGCAUAUUUAAAAGGCCAUGUCGUUAAUGAAAAGAAUUUUUUUCCUGCUAUGGGAUAUCUUUUAUAUAUCUGGGAAAUGAUCGCAUUGUUAAAAAACCAAGAAUAUAUCAAUACACCAGUUGUAUUUGAAGACGUUAAUUUUAUUCGUGCUACAGUGCUAUCACAACAAAAUAAGACCGAAUUAACUCUCUCGAUCCAAGAAGGUAGCAAUAGGUUCGAAAUAAUCGAAGGAGAUAAUGCUGUUGUUACUGGAACAGUACGAAUUCCAACCAAUAUUGAAAAUGAAAAAAUGUCAGCUAAUCUUGCCGAAUAUAUCCAUGAUGAGGAAGAAAUGAAUGCAAAAGACAUUUAUAAGGAAUUAAGACUUCGCGGUUAUAAAUAUGCUGGUGCAUUUCGUGGAUUAAAAAGCGCAUCAGUUACUGGAUCAAACGGCCAUAUCUCAUGGACAUCUAAUUGGGUGGCAUUUAUGGACAGUAUGUUACAGAUAAUGAUUUUAGGACAGAAUUCAAGAAGCCUAUUUGUUCCAACAAGAAUUCGCAAAUUGACUAUCGAUCCGAAAUAUCACAUACAGAUGAUUCAGGAUUAUCCACUUGAAGAUAGACAAUUCUCUGUUCGUCGUUACAAGUCUUUAGACGCUAUAAUAUCUGGAGGAAUAGAAAUUUGUGGUGCUGUGGCCACACCUAUAUCUCGCCGACAGAAAGUAGUUAAUACCGUUCUUGAAGAAUACAAAUUUGUUGCUCAUCGUGAUUUAGGUACUAUGUCGUUGCAAGAUGCAAUAAGAAUGUCAAUGCACAUUGCACUCGAAUGUGGCAAUAUGAUAAAUGUUAAAAUUAUCGAAUUUGUCGAUGACAGUGACAAAGUGGUACCAGAAGAUUUAAAUUCUCCACUUAUUAGUGAAAUCUUAAAUGAUUUACCGCUGAUUCGACAUCACACUAAACUCGUGACGACCCGCGAGAAAUUCCCAAAUAUUUUUUUGCCCCACAACGUUUCUACAACGGAAAUUACUCAGUUGUCGAAGGACGAGAAUUGUUUGAUGAUCCUGGGUUUCGAUAUUUUUACAAAAAAUAGCAAAAAAUUAUAUAAACAGUUGCUGUCUCUGUUAAUGCCACAGGGUUUUCUACUGACUUUAGAGGAAUCCGGUGCGGUCUACGAUUAUUCAUGCCUGAAAACGUAUGAGUUGGAUAUCAUACUGGAAAAACAAAUAAAUAAUAAAAAGCUUUUGUUAUUAAGAAAAUCGCGAAAUAUUGCGAGAAACCAGCGGAUUGUACAGGUGAACAAUUACGAAUUUUCAUGGGUAGAUGAACUGAAAUCAAUCAUGAAAGUGCAAAACGAGACUGGUGUAGAUACCGAGAUAAUUCUCGUCUCAGAAGCAGACUUCGAAUGCGGGCUACUCGGUUUUAUUAAUUGUUUGCGAAAAGAACCAGGCGGCGAAAUAAUU